UAACGUCGGUGUGUGGUUUUCCGAUAGGUGCUGUUUAUUGCCGAUGAGAUCCAGACGGGACUGGCCAGGACUGGUCGAUGGCUGGCGGUCGACCAUGAAAACGUCAGGCCUGACCUCGUCCUCCUGGGCAAAGCCCUUUCCGGUGGCCUGUACCCCGUGUCGGCGGUGCUGUGUGACGACGAGAUCAUGCUGACCAUCAAGCCCGGGGAGCACGGCUCCACGUAUGGGGGCAACCCCCUGGGCAGCCGCGUGGCCAUCGCCGCCCUUGAGGUUCUGGAAGAAGAGAACCUCGCGGAGAAUGCGGACCGCAUGGGCGCCCUCCUGCGGAACGAGCUCAUGAAGCUGCCCUCCGACAUCGUGACUGCCGUGCGCGGGAAGGGGCUGCUCAACGCCAUCGUCAUCCGGGAAACCAAAGGUGGGCGUGCAGGGCGGCACUGGCUCGGCGGGCGCUCUUCCCUUUCAGUUUUCAUUAAUCCUCACCCGAGGGUAGUAGAGUGGGAGGGAGGUGGGAGGAGGUGGGAAAGGGAGGGAGAGACAUCUCCUGGCUGCAGCCCAGGUACGUGCCCUUGACCAGGUCAGACCCAGGACCCUUCGGUGUGAGGGCCGAUGCUCUAGCCGCUGAGCACGCGGCCGGGCUGAAGGCACUGUCUUCACAGGAAGAGCCAACGCCUGGCAUUUUAUCUGGCGUCUGGGUUCCUCGGAGACGGCUGCCUGGCCGCCGGGUGCCCGGCUCUUUUAGGCUGAGGGUCACCUGAUUCAUGUAACCUAGAAAUACAGGUCUUUCCCGCGCGAAGGCACACUGACGUCACCUGACCUGCUUUUGUGCUUGAAGACGCUGGUUAUCCUGCCUUCGGCCAGUGGGGCGGUGCUGGGAGAUUGGCGCUCUUUUCUGUUAGGUCUUCUUCGCGCACUUUGCCUCGUUGCCUCUUGCCGUCCUUUCCUGUGCGCUGUGACCUCCCCGCAGAGGCUGCAGGGACGGGUAGUGACAUGAGCGACGAGGAUGAAGCAGCCGCUGCCCCGACUGCUGUUUGUCUGAGUGAAGCCUGUGGCCCCAGAGCUCCUGGCUGGGCUUCCUGGUGAUGACGCUUCCUUUAAAGCGGUGCUGUCAGCCUCGCCUGCCUUUCAGAACCACCUGGGGCUUUAUGUCAGUCAGAGCCUCGCCCGGCCCGCAGGCGGAGGUGACGGGUCGGGGUCCCAGGCCUGAGCGAGGCGGGGCUGAUACCAGGCCCUCAGACGAUGAGCGCCUCGCCCACAAGCCUUUAGGGCGUGGUGGGCGCUGGUUUGGGGCUCUGCUCAUCCUGUGCCCGUUAGUCGGUAUCUCACCCUCGUUCUUUCUGUUCUGGUUCCUCAUGUAGUUAGUACAGCCGUCCCCGCACAGGGUUUUUUUUUCUUUUUCUUUCUUCAUGAAAAACUAACAAGAACCAUAUGUCUGGUUUGGCCACUCAAGCCUAGUUCUGCGCUGGCCGACAGGUAGCUCU